GCCGGGCUCUGCGGUCCUGCAUCCUGCCAUCCCACCGCACCACAUGGAGACCGGAUAGAGCCACAGUGAACUGAACGGGGAAUGACAAAGAAAGAAGGUGGACCAUCUUGGCUAUAUGAACCCACUCAGCAUCAGCAGCUCCUGACAAAGCAAAGGCAAACACAGAGAUGAGGGUGACGGGAAGUGCUGCUGCUGCCUGCGCUGCUGCUGCUGCUGCUGGUGCUUAUUGCGGUCUGCGUCAAACCCCUCGCUCCUUCACAAGAUAAUGCCCUCGGUGCCUCCUAAAGGACUUUCUGGGUUUGUGAUUUUCCUGCUGCAGGGGUCCAGAUCUCGGGGUGCAGCGGGGACAGUGAUGAUCGCCCCAUCUCCUGCUUCUCAGUCACUGUCAGCAUCUGCAUUUUAAGGAGAAACUCGUCCUGAGGGAGCGGGCUUCUGGAGGAAUAUGCAGAGAUAAAAAAAACAUUUGUUGUUAUUGUUGUUGUUGUAUACAAAUCAGACAGAGCCAUAAUUGGAUUACCGGGUUGUUAUUGUUGUUGUUUACCAACAUGAACUCGCAGUUUUUCUCCGACACUCCACCCGGGGCGGUCUGCAACGUCCCCGCCGGAUCGGGCGCGGUGACCAGCGCCCUGCGAAAUGACCUGGGCUCCAACAUCCAUGUGCUGAAAACCCUCAACCUGCGCUUCCGCUGCUUCCUUGCCAAAGUCCACGAACUUGAGAGGAGAAACAAACUACUGGAGCGCCAGCUGCAGCAGGCUCUGCUCAAAUCGCAGUACCGGCACCUCUACGCCCGGGAAGUUGCGGUGCAGACGGACGGUCCCGAUUCGAGACUGCCGGGCACCAUCUGGAGUUUCACCCACGUCCGGAGGCAAGGGGAGCGCUUUGAGACCGUGCACGGGCCCGGGGUGACGUGGACGCAUCCAGACGGAGUUGGGGUCCAAAUAGACACCAUCACCCCAGAACUGAGGGCUCUGUAUAACGUGUUGGCCAAAGUCAAGCGGGAGAGGGACGAGUACAGGAGGAAAUGGGAGGAGGAGCUGUCCAAGCGAGAGCAGCUGGAGUCCACGGUGGAAACAAUGCAGCAGAGUGUGCGGGAGUCAGCCGAGAUCCAGGAUGAGCUGAGCGAGAAGGUGGACAGACUGAAGGCUGAACUUGUGGUGUUCAAGAGCCUGAUGAGUGAUCAAAUGUCUGACCUGGACACCAAGAUCCAGGAGAAAGCCAGGCGGGUGGACAUGGACAUCUGUAGGCGCAUCGACAUCACGGCCAAACUGUGCGACGUGGCUCAGCAGCGCAACUCAGAGGACAUGUCAAAGAUGUUCAACGUUAGUCCGGCCAGGUCGCUCCCAGAGAGGGGUGCCAUGGCCUGCUGCAGGAGAAAAGAGCGUAAAGCCGUGUCUGACGAGGAGAGCUCAGAGAUGGAUGCUGAGCCCAGCCCUUCAGAGGAGGACGUCCCUGGGUCGCUCAACAUCACUGACGAGAUGAAACGCAUGCUCAACCAGCUACAUUGUUCAGAUAACUCCUUUGUUGCCAGGCGCGAGACGUUUGAAAUUGAUGACGACUGUGACAGUCUGACGUGGGAGGAAAACGAGGAGACUCUGUUGCUGUGGGAGGACUUCACAAACUACAACGUGCCACUGACCAUCGCCGCGAUGCCUGGCACAGCUGCCUGCGCCUCUGACGGCAACGGUGAAGCUGCUGAUCCAGACUCCCAGGAUGGAAGUCUUGGCAGCCUCAUCGAUGAAACAGAGUCACUAUUUAAGACCAGAGAGCAGGAGUACCAGGAGACCAUCGGCCAGAUCGAGAUGGAGUUGGCCACAGCAAAGAGUGACAUGAACAGACAUCUGCACGAAUACAUGGAGAUGUGCAGCAUGAAGAGAGGUCUGGACGUGCAGAUGGAGACGUGUCGGCGGAUGAUUAAAGGCGGCAGGAACUCUCCCUCUUUCAGCUCCGUGGCCAGCAGCGACUCAGGGAACACAGAUGAGAUCCAGGACGAGAUCUCGGACAAGGAUGCAGAGGCUGAAGUCCCUGUUAGUUGAUGGCUGCAUAGCCGGGCCUUGGCCCAUCUCUUCCCAAACACCCCUCAUUGUCACAGGGGUCAAAUAUGUAUAGAGCUCCACCCUGCUAGAGAGGUGGGGCAAACUUAAUCUGGGCCUGUUUGACCUGUUAAAGUUCUGAUGGUCGUGCUCACUGAUGCAGGCCCAGAACCGGUGCUUUUAUACUAUUUCUGUUGUUUAGGAGUGGUGGGGGGGGGCGUCUUUGCUUCACAAGGUGAAAGGGUGCAAAUAGAGUCCGAGCUGUGCUCUCUUCCUCACUGCUGCCUCGCUGGAUCCUUGUCCAGAGCUUCACAUCAUUUUAGGGGAGAGAAAAAUAAACUCUCGAAUGUUUUAAGCUGCUUGAAAAGUCUUUUGUACAAAUUCUUACCCUAUUAAUGUCCUUUAUUCUAAAGGAAUUGAAAAUAGUACAUAUUGUGCUCCACCACAUAGCAUUCACAAAAAAAUACACAUCCAUCUUUGCAUAUACUUUUUAAUGUUUAGUUAAGAUUGAAAAACAUCUCUGCCCCUCAAUUGGAGUACUGUUUUGUUUUUGUUUGCGGUCCAAAUUAAACUGUUUGGGGUUGAAGUGUCUUCUGCCAAGGAGACAAAACAAGGAGUGGAUACAAAUGGUGUUGGAGUUCUGGUGGUUUCUGAGGGAACUCGGCAGAGUUGCCAAAGUUGACAGAGGAAAGGAGCACAGCCUUUUGAUGCAUCAGUGCACUACUGAAGUUCUAUGCAAUUUAGCUGGCCUUAUUUACGGACUGGCUUUCACCUUUCCUCGUUUCUCUUCAAACCAAUACGAUUAGCCUUUUAAGCAAAGCAGGUGUUUUCUAUGUAUUAUUUUGAGAACUCUUAUUUUGUGUGUGUGUUUAAGCGUGAAUUAAUCUCAGUAUGGGACAUUUGUUUUUUUUAUUUUUAUUUUUAUUUUUAUUUUUAUUUUGUCAUGGACAUCAACAGUAAAAACUGGAACAGUGCCCCCUCAUGAAGGGACUGUAAUCAUCAACAUCUGCCAGUCUUGCUACUGAAACAGGCAGCACAUUGUUCUGUUUCUGAUGUUCUUUAUAGAACAAACAUUGUUCUUAUCAAGUGCAGAUCAAGAUAUGUUAUUUUAAAUGGCUAAAAUCCAAUAGUUUUUAUAUAAGAAAUCAAAUUAAAGUUAUCAAAGCCAAACAAUGCCCUCCAUUGUAGGGACAGGUCACCCCAGAAUCAGAAAUACAUAUUUUUUCUCUUACCUGUAGUACUAUUUAUCAAUGUAUAUUAUUUUGAUUUGAGCCAGUGUGCUUGAGAUAUCAGCCGUAGAGAUGUCUGCCUUCUCUCAAAUAUAAUGGAACAAGAUGGGACCUGUGGUGCUCCAAGUGCCAAAAAUUACAUUUGAAAAACUGCUUCUUUUUAUGCAGUGGUAAGGUUGUUGGGUGUAGUUCAGUAGAAAGAAGAUAGUUCCUAAAUGAAACUGCUCACAUUCACAACAAGGUCUGGAUUAUUUUAAAUAACCGGGUCAUGGUUUCUGGAAAGAGACUUUGCUGUUGAGUUUUUCAAAUGUAAUUUUUGGCACUUGGAGCACCACAAGCUGAAUACAAACUAGUUCCAUUAUAUUGGAGAGACAUCUCUAUGGCCGUUAUCAACAAAUGCUCAGCGACUCACACCAAACAACCUGGACUGAUAAACAGCGCUACAGAUAAGAGGAAGAAUAUAAAUUGUUGAUUUUGGGGUGAACUGUCCCUUUAAGCAAAACCAAAGGACACAUUUUGAAAAGCUUCCCUUUCACAUAAUCUUCAUUAAUCAAAAUCAUAUGUUGUUUUAUUACCUUGAAGACACUCUUGCUUUGUUUAUGUGCAGUUUAAUUGUGACUAAUUGUUCACCUGAUGUCCUGCAGGGGACUCUGUUCCAGACAUGUUGCACAUUCAGCUUUGUCUCAUCUGAAUCGGAGCUAAAAGUGUCAGACUGUACAUAGAGGGCUGUAGGCAUGUGAUCGUAUACCCCAGAGGCCUUUUUGUUCAUAUUACGUCUCUUUGCAACAGACUGUGAUGUCUCACGGUUUCGCAUUUCAGUGCCGUCUCACUGGAUCAGCAUUAAAAAAAAGAAAAACGAUCGCCGCAUGGGGACAGAAGUGAUCUUUUAAUCACCUCCUUUUAUUAUCAUGUACGUACGGUUUGCUGGAUCAAAGAUUAAGUGCUACUUCUAUAGUGAAGUUUUACAGAAGCAGAAUGUUAAAAAUGCAGGCCUUUUGUUAUUUCAGCAUGUUUGUGCAGGGGGGAAAGGAGCUAUGGGUCUUUUUUUUAUAUAACAUUAUUUUUUUGAACUAAAUAGCUGCAAUGCAGACUGCAUCAAUCCUAAUCAUUAAUGAAUUUAAUUAAUAAUUAAUUAAUUGUAUUUGUGGCAUAAAAAUGUAUUUUUCACUGUUUUUUAAUCAUUCUGUGUUAACCAAAAAGUGUGUUAUUGUUGCCAUAUUCUGCUUUUAUUAAUUUUUGCAGGAUUAUUAAACUUGUUCCGGUCGUUUUGGUCACUUAUUGACCAUAUACGGUCACCCAUAAUAGACACUAAUUGACUAUAUAAGACAAGAGUGAGGAACUGUCUCACUCACAGAGAACCUUCAUAUCAUCUUGUGUUGAUGUAAAACCAGCCUGAUAAGUAACAAAGAGCCAUUUUUUUUUUAUUAGUACUGUACUUUGUAUUGACAUCAUUAUUUAUUGAUUGAAUGGCUGUGACAUCCAGAAACAGCUGCAGGCCUAACAACCCGUGUUGAGAUUGUAGCCAACACCACACCACACCACACCACACCACCGUCACACUAACCAGCCAACCAAAGCAAAGUGUACAGUAACACGACAAAGAUGUAAAUCAAGCUAUGACUCCUACUAACUCUCAGUCUCAGUCUCAGUGUUCGUUCACGCCGACCACCACACACGUGUUUGAGUUGCAGACAUUUACCUGAUUUUGAGGUAUCACAUUAAGUGUAUUAUCUCCAUUUACUUCUCUGGAAGCAGGUCACAUUCAAACGACAUCCAGUUGAUCAAACGGUAGCAACCCUCCUCAAUGAAUGUAGCUUGAUUGGAAGCAUCCUCUAAAGACCUUACAGGUAAAAGCUGAGCAAAAAAAAAUAAAUGUAGCUGUUUAAAUCCAGGGAUAUAUGGUGUGCUGUUAUUGGAGACCUUGGUAUGUUUUUUUGCUUUACUAAACGGGUUCGUACCUGACCAACCAGUAUGUGACAUUGAUGUAUGUAAACUAGGUGCGGGUGGAUGUGAGCGUUUCGUACUAAAAAGGGUUUUAUAUGAUUGGUUUUUAAUCGUGUGGCACUGGGAUUAUAUGGUUCAUUAUAUGGUCGUGUCAACAUACAGUUUCACAUGUUCAUCGUUCAUACCUGUUUGCUGUUAAAUGUCAUUAUUUUUUUAUUUUUAAUUUCAUAAACAUGAAGGGGAGAUUAAAGGUGCAGCAAUACUUGUGGCCAUAUUAGGGUAAAGUCUACUGAACUGUAUUGGAUACUGAUCUUUGUGUUUCAGUUGCAUCACAGGAAGCGUCCUAUUGGUUUCAUUUUAAGUGGUUGAUUUGUCUGCUUUAAUUUAAUUGCUUUUUCUCUCUUAGAUUUGUUAUGAUUUUUGUUUAAACUAUUGAUACAGUGUAUUCAUGUGGGUCUGGGGCAGGUUGUUUAAACAAAUAAUGAAUGUACUCAGUUGAUAUUGGGGGAAAAUGAAAUAAAAUGGUGGAUUGGAUAAAAAAA